UCUGGCAGUGGUGCGCCCUGAGCUUUCCAAGCGCCACGUACGUUUUCCGCAUCAGUUUUCCGCCACGAGCGAAAGCACGUGUUGUUUUCCUUCGCGAGUCGAGUUUUUCGUGUUUUUUAAGAUCGCGGAAACCGUGAAAAAAGUUAGGAUGGAGCCCAGGUUGGUGGUGUUCGGACUUUGUUGGGUUACUACCGUUUUUUCAGUGCCUAUACUAAACGAUAACAUUUCGAACAAACUAGAGGACUUGGAUGAUGUAGAGGUCAUAGAUGACGAUUUCACAACUAGGAGUUUGGAAAGGUUGAGUUCAGCAGCAACCUGUCUUGUAGCAGGAAUUGAGUACACACAUGGACAACAAAUUAAUCGUAUCGACCCAUGUGAAUUCUGCCUGUGUCUAGAUGGGGAAAUGUUCUGUUGGUGGCAAGAUUGUCCACCUGCAACAGAUGGCCCUUGUAAAGAUCAAGGUCCUUUCUCUCAGUGUGAUAAUAUCAUUGCAACAAAAGCUCCAUCUCCAUCGAAAGUAAACCUUCCAACACAAAGGAACAGUACGGAAAACAUAUCGACGUCCAAAGGUGCUGGGAUACAUCAGGACAACAUAAAUUUGGCGUCUGGCGGUAAAAUGUCUUCCACUACAAAAUCAGAAACAUCUACAAAAUAUGUCGAGAGCAGUUCAUCCACAAGUGAAUCUAGUACGCCAUUGUUGACUUCAGCUCCAAAGUUAUGUGUGGUGAUGGGUGUACAAUAUAGAAUAGGAGAUAAGCUUCCGCAUGAUACUGGUAACUGUGUGGAAUGUAUAUGUGGUGACGGUGCUAAAAUAACCUGCUCCCCUCAUCAGUGCGCACCCUUAGGAGAAGAAAUAAAUGAUUAUCGUCCUCCUGAGUCAAGACACACAGCCCAAGAUUCAUUUUAAUGAUUUCUGUGAAAUUUGAAUACUAGAAAGAAGGCCAAUAUUCUCAAAGAAAAUCGAAAUAGAAUGGUUCAUUGAAUAUUAUGGUAGAAUUUCAUAAACAUUCGUUCAACAACCUAUAAUUAGAGAAGACAAGUAUUUGUUUUUUGGAGUAUGUUAAGUUAUUUAUCAUCGAAAAUAGGAACUCUUUCAGUUGUUCCAUCUAAAAGCUCUGGUUUUCCCAAGUUAUGAAUUUUGAGGAAGACACUCAUUUGAGUCUAUUGGCAAUUCAACUGACGGACUUUAGAAUUACCUACCAUGGAUUUUAUAAUGUACAUGAUGAUCAACAAAAUUAAUUGAUAUACAUUUCGAAACAAAAUGAAAAUCGUUACGAAUAUAGAUUAAUGAAAUAUAACCAAAUUGACUGAGGUAGAAGCAUUUCGACAAAGUCCUCUCCAACUGAAAUUUGAUAUUGACAUAUCAGUAGUUAUUUUGAAAUCUUCGGAUACGUAGAAAUAUCGUAUGUACUUUGAUGUAAUUAUUGAAUAAAUAUUUGGACAAUAAUUUAUCAUUUUUUGGGAUGUAAAUGUCAAACAUAUCCAGAACCAGUCAUCAUAUUUCAAGUGUUCAUUAUGAAAACAUUAAAGUUUUUCUCCAUUUAAUUUUUUUUUAGAAUACCUGAUUUCAGAUUACUUCUAGAAAGCUCAUUUCGUUGUUGAGCAACAGUCAAAAAACAAUAUGUAAGAUAACUUUAUCACUCAGAAGUAAUUGGGUUUCAUGAUUAUUUAAUAAAAAAUGUUUCAAUUCAUAAAAUACGAAAAUGAUUCAUUUUCGAAAUAAAUUAUCAUCACUUCAGUUGGAUACACAUAAUUGAAGAUUUAAUACUUUAUAUAUACUUUGGAUAACAUUGAACACAUAUUGAAGAUUCGAACAUUUUAUUUGAAUGCCAUACAUUUUAUCGAGUGGAAAUGGACAAAAAUCAUUGUCACCUAAUUCAAAAUAGUCCCAUAGUUUUCAAGAUUGAAUUCGUAAGGAACCAUAUAUUUUUUACCAGAAAAUUGAAGAAGGAUUUUAUAGAUCUUUGUAAGUUAGACCAAUUUUUAGAAUACUCUAAAUUACUGUAGUUAUAAACAAAUCCAAUACACAGGUUGAGUAAACAUUUUUCUGUUCAGAAAAAACUCCAUAUGACAGCAUUCAGAAAUAUCCGAUGAAUGAUUCCAUUACAUUCGCCCUAAUAUAUUUCUUGAAUAUCAUGCAAUAGAUUACUUAGAAAUUGUUUAAUCUUUUAGUCAUGUUGAUACAGAAUUGAAACUAUCAACUGAGAAUUGCAUGUAAGUGCAUAAAAAAAAUGAUUUUUACCAACAAAUAUUUAUAAUGUUUCUAUAUCUUCAAUGUGAAAAGAAAAAACCACGCAUUAGAUAGUAAGAGUGAUAGUUGAAAUCGAGCAAAUAUUGAAAACAUUUUGUGAAGGAAACAAUUGAAGCAUAUGUGAUUUCAACAAAAGUUUUAUUAAUAAGAUUGUAACUGAUGAAUAGUGGUCCUAGAAUAUGAGUGUAUGAACAUUAAAAAUGAUUAGAUAUUA